AUGCAUCGUUCUUCCAUAAUUCAUCAACUCCGGCACUGCGCAAGGCGCCAAUCUCCAUUGCAGGGCAUGAAACUCCAUGCCCAAAUUGUAAAGAACGGCCAAGACAAAUGUGAUGCCCCCAUCUACUCUAAUGGUCUCAUCGACAUGUAUGGCAAAUGCCACCUACUGAAAGAUGCCCGCCAGGUGUUCGACGAAAUGCCCCAAAGGGACUUAGCCUCGUGGGCUUCCCUCUUCACCGCCCACAACCUCGCUGGCCUUCCCCUAUCCACUCUCUCCAUCUUCCCAAACAUGUCGCGCCUCGACGGCUUUCGACUUGACCACUUUGUUUUCGCCAGCCUCGUCAAGGCUUGCGCUGACCUUAGUACCCUGAGAGUGGGAAAACAGGCGCACAUGCAGUUCAUCGUGUCGCCCUUUUCGCACGAUGAUGUCGUGAAGUCUUCCCUCGUCGACAUGUACGCUAAAUGUGUGGCCAUUGAUCAUGCCCGAAAGGUUUUUGACUCUAUCUUCCACAGGAAUUUGAUUUCGUCUGCUGCUAUGAUUUCUGGGUAUGCCCGGAAUGGGAUGAAGCCUGAAGCCAUGGAACUUUUUCACUCUUCUCAGGUGAAAACCAUAUCCACAUGGACUGCAUUAAUAUCUGGAAUGGUGCAAAGUGGGGAAUUUUUUGACGCAUUUAACCUGUUUAUCGAAAUGAGAAAAGAGGGUGUUGAUAUUUCAGACCCAUAUGUUCUUUCCAGCAUCAUUGGAGCUUCUUCUAGUCUUGCAGCUCUGGACCUUGGCAAACAGAUCCAUUGUUUGGUCAUCAUUUUCGGUUACGAACCCAACCUCUUUGUUAGUAACUCACUCGUGGACUUGUAUUCCAAGUGGUCCGAUGUGCUGGCAUCGAAAACCCUGUAUGACAAAAUGGUCUCAGAGGGGUUCAAGCCAAAUGAAGUCACUUUCACAGGACUAAUCUCUGCGUGUAGCCACUUUGGCUUGGUAGAGAGAGGCCGUGGCCUUUUCAAGUCCAUGACUGAGGAUUAUGGUUUGACUCCAUCUCUGCAGCAUUAUACGUGUCUGUUAGAUCUAUUGAGCAGGUCUGGACUUCUCGACGAGGCUGAAAACCUGCUCGAAAUAAUGCCAUUUGAACUGGACGAAGCUGCUUGGGUGGCACUCUUAAGCGCUUGCAAGAGGCACGUGGCUGUUGAGAUGGGGAUGAGAGUCGCGAAUCGUGUCAUGAAUGUGGGGCCCGUCGAGGCAUCGACGUGCGUCUUGUUGUCUUUGGUUUAUGCGGGCGCGGGCAUGUGGGGGAAUGUGUCUAAACUGAGGGGAUUGAUGGCCAGUUUGGAGGGGAAGAAAGAGCCUGCUUAUAGUUGUGUUGGUUUGAGUGGGGAAUGUGAUGUCAAGUCUGCUUGUGUAUAGUUUCCAGAAAACAACUUAAUUUACUUUGUUUUGUUUUAAGGGCCUUGAAAUUAUAUUUUCUUUAUCAUCUUUGUAUUUUGGAUGUGAUUCUUUUUUAUGUCAAACUACUUAUGAAACAAAAGUUCGAAGUGAGGAUGAAAUUAUAUUGAAUAAUGCUAAGGUGCUACC